UUGAUGAUGUUAAUAUUUUUCGAGACUUGAUCUAAUUCAUCAACGACGAGUAGAAACUCCAAGCGAUCCUAUUCUACAUUGCUUCCCACCAGAAUCAUCAUCUGAUAGAAAGAAACCAAAUCAAGCACACCACUCAAUACUUCAAUCUCCGAAUAUCCUUGAGAAAAUUCCCGCCAAACAAAUUAAAAAGCAGCAAUUUUGAAAUGAUGCCUUCGUAUUCGUCAUCGGUUAUAGUAUUGUACUCAGUGAUUGGGUUUCUCCAAUCACCUCUUGUCUCUAGAGCUUUUGUUACCCAAACGUCGCCCACGAGUACGCGGCAUGCUUACAUGCAAGUUCAACCUCGGGUUGCACUCUCUUCUUCGAUUUCUUCCGCGGAAGGCCUUUCCGUUGCUUCCGACGACGAAGAUGAUGACGACGAAUACGAAUAUGUGGAGUAUGAUAUUUUAAGAGAAGAAGAAUUCUUGGGUAGCGAGUGGUUAGUUGGUACAGUGAUGGACAACAGUGGAGAAAAUAUUGUAGAAACCUGGUGUCGAUUGGCUGUUGACAAAGAUGGCAAGAACGUAGCAAUUUGGGGCGACAACUCUGAAGGAAACUGGAAUUUUGAUGUUGCCAACCAGUUUCUGAGUAUGUCUAAAAAUUCAAUUCUUGGAAAGAAUAUCUGGGCCGGAGUUGUCGAUGAUUAUUACUUUUGCCGAGGUUCUGUUCGUGGAUGGAACUUUUUUUCGCCUGCUUCGGUUGUAGGCCAGUGGCAGGCCAGGCGUCUUGGGGUGGAGAAGGAUGAAGCAGGAGUCGCCCCUUGGUUUGAACAAGAAGAGGAAGACGAGGAAGAUGCGCUUCCCAAAUCAACGGAAGCAAGUGAAGAAUUAUAGAGCUGCAAGUGACUCAACUAAAUAUUGCACAACAUUCAUCGUAAAGAAAUUCUGGUAGAGGAAUCUAUCGUUUGCCACCCACAUUUAUUCUUCAGAGUCCAUGAAUCAAUGCUAAUUAUAAUU